GGGUCUGUUGAUCCUUCUCACCAUCCUGACCCCUUUGCUCCUAGUUUUGAGAUUACACAAACAACAACAAAAAACAACAACAAUGCACACACACACACGCACAUACACACACACAAAUUGGAUACAUUUUGAAAAAGCUUUUGGUUCCUUAUCCGGGGACUAGGCUGGCUGGUGUGAUUGGACAAGGGAGUCACAUGGUGAAAGUAACUUUACGGGGUCGCCAGCUUGUAGGAGGGCUUUAUGGAGCAGAAAAACGACAAAGCGAGAAAAAUUAUUUUCCACUCCAGAAAUUAAUGAUCAUGAGCUCCUAUUUGAUGGACUCUAACUACAUCGAUCCGAAAUUUCCUCCAUGCGAGGAAUAUUCGCAAAAUAAUUACAUCCCAGACCACAGUCCGGAAUAUUACAGCCGGACAAGGGAGUCCAGCUUUCAGCAUCAUCACCAAGAACUGUACCCACCACCAAGACCAAACUACCCAGAACGCCAAUACAGCUGUGCCAAUAUUCAAGCUCCCGGCAACCCAGCCGCGCACCAAAGGGGACAUGGGCAAACUCAAGGAGGCCACCACCUCUCAGAGAAACCGCAGCAGCUCUGUGAGCAGACUGCUCUUUCCAGUUCCUCCACCUCUCCUUCCCCAGCCCCUCCAGCCUGCAACCAGCCAAACCCUGAGCAUCCUAACAGCACAGCUUCUAAGCAACCUAUAGUCUAUCCAUGGAUGAAAAAAAUCCACGUCAGUACUGUGAAUCCCAAUUACAAUGGAGGCGAGCCCAAACGUUCCAGGACUGCGUAUACAAGACAGCAGGUCUUGGAGUUGGAAAAGGAGUUUCACUAUAACAGGUACCUGACAAGGCGAAGGCGCAUCGAAAUAGCUCACUCCUUGUGCCUCUCGGAAAGGCAGAUCAAAAUCUGGUUUCAGAACAGGCGGAUGAAAUGGAAAAAAGACCACAGGCUGCCCAAUACCAAAGUCAGAUCCUCGACUCCAUCUAAUUCAUCGGCGGGCACCAUCGCUGCUGGUAACGCUGCCCCCAGCGAGGAACUAUCACCGGGUACAGCUCAGGAUCAGCGAGCAGAGGAUAUCACAAGGUUAUAAACAAUAUCACACACACACACACACAAAAUUGACUCUGAUUAUUUAUAGAAUCUAAUAUAUAUAUAUAUAUAUUUUGGUUCUUUUCUUGUAGUUUUCCUGUGCGUAUAAAAAACAAUGAGGUCUUCUGUAAGACCACAGGCUUUAGAUGCAUGUAACAUAGCAUGAAGCCAGGUGACCGAGAACCUGCAGGUUUUUUUACGCCAUUUCAGGGUUUUAUUUAUUUUUUAAGGGGUAAGGAAGGGGGAGGGGGGAAGAGGUCAAUGUUCCGUUAGAUGAAUUUAAUGAACAAAUAAGAAUAAUCACAAAGAAAAAGAAUGUAGGUAUUUUGCCCUCUGCGUUACAAAUGUACAAUGAUCUACCGAGGAUAAAAUGGAGCAUUGAAAUUCUUUGGUAUAAAUGUGAAGAAAAAGCUAAAAAAAAAUCAUCAUGAUUCAAAAGGGAAAAAAAAUCACACAAACCAGGCUGAGCGAGUAAUUGGUUUAAAUUUUGAGAAGCAAGGGGGAAAAAAGAAAAGGGAAGGAUAGUGACAUAUUUAAAAAAAGAGCAAGGUUUAAACAAAGUCAGUAGCUAGUUUUUUUGUCGUGGUUAUUUGUGUUUUUGGACUGAUUUUACAUGAUCAUUGUAAACUUGCAAUAAAGAGUUUUAGUGUGUAUGUGAAAGUCCCAGUGUUCAAUAAACCAGUGAGUGUGAAUUAGUUUUACUUUAA